AUGGGCCUUGUCUUCACACUUCCUAUGAUCUCUGAGGAAGAAAGUGACAAUAAUAACCAUAUUUGUAAAGCACAGGAUACAGCGUAUGGUAAUUGUAAAGUUAUAAAUUUCGAAGUUUACAUGUAUACAAAGGAGAAGAAACAGAACCAAGAAAACCAGAGUGGUGGAGUCACCUUUGUUCUCUUGGGCUUCUCAGAAUAUCCAGAACUCCAGGUGCCCCUGUUCCUGGUGUUCCUGACCAUCUACACAGUCACUGUGCUGGGGAACCUGGGCAUGAUGCUGAUUAUCAAGAUGGAUCCCAAACUCCACACCCCCAUGUACUUUUUUCUCAGCCACUUAUCUUUUGUUGACUUCUGUUACUCUACGGUAGUCACACCCAAACUAUUAGAAAAUUUGGUUGUGGAAGACAGAACCAUCUCCUUCACAGGAUGCAUCAUGCAAUUCUUCUUUGCAUGCAUAUUUGUGGUGACAGAAACAUUCAUGUUGGCAGCGAUGGCAUAUGACCGAUUUGUGGCUGUUUGUAACCCUCUUCUCUACACAGCUGUAAUGUCUCAGAAGCUUUGUUCCCUUUUGGUGGGUGCAUCAUAUUCUUGGAGUAUAGCUUGCUCUUUAAUAUACACAUACUUUUUGUUGACCUUGUCCUUUUGUGGGACUAACUUCAUAAACAACUUUGUCUGUGAGCAUGCUGCCAUUGUUGCUGUUUCCUGCUCUGAUCCCUACAUUAGCCAGAAGAUCAUUUUAGUCUCUGCCACGUUCAAUGAAAUAAGCAGCUUGAUGAUCAUUCUUACUUCCUAUGUGUUCAUCUUUAUCACUGUCAUGAAAAUGCCUUCAACUGGUGGUCGCCACAAAGCCUUCUCCACAUGUGCCUCCCACUUGACUGCCAUUGCCAUUUUCCAUGGGACCAUACUUUUUCUCUACUGUGUUCCUAACUCCCAAAGUUCAUGGUCCAUGGUCAAAGUGGCCUCGAUCUUUUACACAGUGGUCAUCCCCAUGCUGAAUCCACUGAUCUACAGCCUCAGGAACAAAGAAGUGAAAGAGACAGUCAAGAAGUUAAUCAAUACUAGGUUGUUCUGUGAUGAAAUGUAA